AUGAUGUCGUCAUCUCUAUCAGACACAGAAGAUCAAGUGUCUUCAGCCAAAGCCUGUUUCCAUUAUAUUCCUUCCAAAACUGACACUGAACAAUUAGCUCAUCAUUCGUAUCCUGAAUCGAGUUUUUAUGUUAUUAAAAAUGCACAACAGUCGUCGCCUUUUCAUUCAUCAACAACAACUUCUAUAUCAAGGACAGGAAAUGCACGGACACUAUUUACUGUUAUUCCUUCAGUGCCUCAAGGGCCAACAACGAAAAAUAAUGCAUCUCAACAACGCUUGUUGAUCAAAGGUGGUCGAGUUGUUAAUGAUGACGCGAGUACACUCGCGGAUGUUUACAUCGAAGACGGCAUAAUCAAACAACUUGGUCUAAAUCUUGUUGUUCCGAAUGGAACUAAGACCAUCGAUGCAACAGGCAAAUUGGUCAUGCCAGGUGGCAUCGACACGCACACGCAUUUCGAAUUACCUUUCAUGGGGACAAGAUCAGUAGAUGAUUUUCUUACUGGCACUCAAGCCGCAGUCGCUGGAGGAACAACAACCAUUCUUGAUUUCGUUAUACCAUCAAAAGAGCAAUCACUUCUCGAAGCAUAUGUUCAAUGGCGUGAACGUGCUGAUGCUAAAGUUUGUUGUGACUAUGGUUUACAUGCUGCGAUUACAACAUGGAACGAACAAGUUGCUAAAGAUAUGGAAGUACUUACCAAGGAAAAAGGCAUUAACUCAUUCAAGGUCUUCAUGGCUUACAAAGGUGUCUUCAUGCUACAAGAUGACGAGAUCUUCCAAGUAUUUGCCAAAUGUCGUGAACUCGGUGGUAUUGCUAUGGUCCAUGCAGAGAAUGGAUCAGUGAUUACAGAAUUAGAAAAAGAAAUGGCUCAAUUAGGUAUAACAGGACCCGAGGGCCAUCUUCUCAGUCGCCCUGAACAGCUUGAAGCUGAAGCAACAAACCGUGCUAUAACUAUUGCUGAACAAACUCGUUGUCCACUCUAUGUUGUUCAUGUUAUGAGUAAAACAGCAGCUGAUAAAGUCACGGCCGCUCGUUUGAAAGGCCAAGUCGUUUUCGGCGAACCUAUUGCCGCUAGUUUAGGAACAGAUGGUUCACAAUAUUUUAAUCGAUGCUGGCGUCACGCUGCUGCUCAUGUUAUGUCGCCACCUUUACGUGACGAUGCAGCAACUGGUCCGUAUCUUAUGGAUCUUCUAGCAAAUGGUUCACUCUCAGCAACUGGCACUGAUCAUUGUACGUUCAAUGCUAAUCAAAAAGCUCUUGGCAAAGAUGAUUUCCGCAAAAUUCCUAAUGGUGUCAAUGGUGUUGAAGAUCGUUUAGCAGUUAUUUGGACGAAAGGCGUGGAAACGGGUAAACUUGAUGCCAAUCAAUUUGUUGCUGUGACAAGUGCUAAUGCUGCUCGCAUAUUCAACAUUUACCCACGAAAAGGUCGUAUUGCCGUGGGAUCCGAUGGUGAUUGCAUUAUCUGGGAUCGUGAAGCAAAGAAGACAAUUUCAGCAUCGACUCAUCAUCAAGCUUGCGAUUUUAAUAUUUUCGAAGGGAUGGAAUGUCGCGGUCUGCCCGUCGUAACUGUCGUUGCGGGAAAAGUUGUUUAUGAGAAUGGCCAAUUAAAUACAGUGCAAGGUUCAGGCAAGUAUCUUGAAACGACAUGUUUCGCAGAGUAUGUCUACCAAAAACUCUAUAAACGUGAAGAACUCCGUGAUCAGCAUUACAAAGAACGAAAGAUCGAACGUGAACCUUAUACAGGUGAAGUGGUUGAUAUCACCAAACCUUUUGUAGCAAAUAAUCAAAAAGAUCAGCCAACACAAAGUAGUGGUGAGCCUAAUGCUGCUUCCGCUGGAUUUCAUAACAGACCAGCAACGCGCUCUGGUGGUCGAAAUCUACUAGAUUCGAGUUUUACUCUAUCGGGUGAUCAAUGGGACGAUCGUAAUCAACGCAAAUCAACUCGUGUUCAACAACCACCUGGUGGCCAAUCGAAAGGCUUAUGGUAG